AUGGAACUCAACGACCCUUCAAUUAUAUCAGCCACCCACUUGUCCGGUGAAUCACCGGACAACGAUGUUGCAGCCGCUACUCACAAAUCUCAGCAAGCCAUCUCGACUCUAUUUCAAAAAUUAGCUAAAAAGGACAGAGAAGAGAAACCAAUCAGUAGCGUGAACUCUUUGACGGAUAGCUCUAACAACUCCAUUGCGACGAGUGCCAACAACAGAGAAGGCAGUAAUAAAAAAAAUAAGAAAACGGCCAUGCUAAAUUUCAGUAGUUUGACGGACCCUAUAACGAACUAUAAACCAAUGGAGCUUCAAUAUAAAACCUACGCCUACUCCAUGAACGAACUUUACCAUUUGAAACCAUCUUUAACAAACGCCUCAUUUGAAGAAGACUCACUUAUUACGGAGCUUGUGAAGAGUCUACCUAAGAGAAAGUUUUGGCGAUUGCGCAUGGGCCCUCCGGAUCAAAAGCAUGCCAAUAACCAUCAUUUCAACGGGACUAAUGGCGGAGGCAACUGGAAAUCAGGUUAUAAAAACGGUAAAAAUGAUGAGAGGAGAAUGAGUAGAAGCAAAAAUAUGCAGGGGGGCAAAAGAAGAUCUCAACAGGACGAUGAAGACAAAAAAAUUGACCAAGAAAUGCUGGAAAUGGACAAGAAUCUGCAAUUAGGCGGUGAUGUCGGCCAUUCAAUUGCAGAUUUCGAAGACUGGAAGGCAAAGAUGAAAGAACUAGACCUGAAGAAAAUUUCAAAAGCUAAGGGAAUCAGCAGCGCAACUGCUAUCGCCCCUAGAGAAAGCUCCACGCAGGAGAAUCCUGCCGAUUUAAGACCUGCCAUGCCAAGCGGUUCUAGUUCGAUAACAGAUUUCUUGAACCUGAAGAGGCAAGAUAAGAAAGAGGAACCUUUAGAACAAACUCCUGUCAUUCCCAUCGGGCAGCCAGCCAUUUCUAAGGCUAAUAUAGAACAAGUUAAUGAUAUAGAAACAAACUCAGAUUUGGGCAAAAGUUCAUCAUCACGCUUUUCAUCAUUUUUCAAUAAAUCUGCUACUUCAUUGCCUUCAUUAGAUACCAAUAAUCAGGCGCCAUCAACAAACGCGUCUGCACCAAAUAAUGAUGGCAACAGCACACCACAUCAAAGUGGUUCAAGGUUGAUGUCAUUUUUCAAAGAAUCUAGGUCGGGUACCCCAAAUGCAGAAUCACAACUGUUAUCCGCCUCUGACAAAGAUACUCAAGAGAUGCGGAGUCUUCCGCAAUUCCAACAGCAACCUCAACAACCCCAACAAAUGCGACCAAUGGAAUUUUCGCAGCAUCCUCCUAAUAAUAGCGCAUUUUUUAAUGGACUGUUAAAUAAGGGCAAAAAUGAAACCAACACUCCACCUCCGCCCCCAGGGCUGAUGCCUCAUCAAGGCCCCCAAUUUCCUAUGAUGGGAGUACCACCAAACUUCCCACAGCACAUGAUGCCACCUCCACCGGGCCUUGUUCAAUUCCAAAAGAAUCCUAAAGAUGUAAAUAAGAAGGAUGACAAGCAGCCAAGGCAGAAUAAAAACCCAAAUGGAAACAGGAAUAACAAAGGAAAACAAACGGCACCAGCGGCAACAAAUUUACCUCAUCAACAAUUCAUGCCACCACCCCCACCUCCCGGAUUUUUUCCCAUGCAUCCUAAUUUUCCUAACGGUCCAAUGCCACCAUUGCCACAAAGAUUUCCCAUGCCACCAAAUGGUAUGUUACCAGGAGCAGGUCAACAACCGCAGCCACCUUAUCCAAAUAUGAUACUACAGGGUAAUUUCCCUCCUAAUUUCCAACAAGGCUUUGGAAGCGGCCCUAUGCCAAUGGCAUCUAUUGUUAAUUCUAAUAACAAAAAUGGUACAAAUCAGUUACCUCCAGGAUUAAACUCUAGAAAGAACAUGAAAUGA